CUCCCCCACCUUUUGCGCUCUGCUUUCGCACCCCUCGUCGUCGUUGUCGAACGGAAUAGCAAUGUCUCACGGCAAGUACCUCACCCUCUCGACUGGUCAGAAGAUCCCCCAGAUUGGUCUGGGCACCUGGCUGUCGAAGCCGAACGAAGUCGAGAAUGCUGUCGAGGCGGCCAUCCGCGCGGGGUACCGGCACAUCGACGCCGCAAUAAUCUACGGGAACCAGGACGAGGUCGGCCGGGCGUUGAAGAAAGUCAUCCCGUCCGUCGUGAAACGCGAGGAGCUGUUCAUCACCUCCAAGCUCUGGAACACGUCGCAUAAGCCCGAACUGGUCGAGAAAGAGCUCGACGAGACGCUCAAGCAGCUCCAGCUCGACUAUCUCGACCUCUACCUCGUCCACUGGCCCGUUGCGUUCCCGUACGGGGGCGCCCUGGAGCCUCUCGACCCGAACAAGCCCGACUGGGUCGUUCUCGACCUGGAGACUAGUCUGGUCGACACCUGGAAGGCUAUGAUCAAGCUCCUCGAUACCGGCAAGGUUAAGGCGAUCGGCGUCUCCAACUUUUCUAUUCACCAUAUCCAGGGCAUCGUUGACGCCACUGGUGUCUGGCCUGCCGUGAACCAGAUUGAGGCGCACCCGCUUCUUCUCCAGGACGACCUCGUCAAAUACGCCAAGGAGCACAACAUCCAUCUCACCGCAUACUCGCCCCUCGGUAACAACCUGGCUGGCCACAAGAAGUUGACCGAGUACCCCGAGGUGCUCGAGCUCGCCCAAAAGUACAAUGCGACGCCCGCUCAGGUGCUCAUUGCUUGGGGCGUCAAGCGCGGCUACUCCGUCAUCCCCAAGUCCAUCACCCCAGAACGCAUUGUGUCCAACUUCCAGCAGAUCGAGCUGUCGGACGAGGACUACGAGAAGCUGAGCGAGCUCGGGCGGAAGAGCCCGAAGCGGUUCAACGUCAAGACGACGUACCCGCCUUUCUGGGACAUCAACAUCUUUGGGGACGAACUCGAGCAGAGCACGACGAACCAGAUCAAGAUCGCGUGAGCGUUCGGGGGCUGCUCGUGCGCUUUGGAGCCGGUAGGAUAGCUAGUAACGUUGCCGUGUACUUAUCUGUAAUGAUAUCAGGUUCAUCUCGCU